AUGGCGGAAAAGAAAGUUCCUAUCACUAUCGUUUACCAAGCACCUCAAACCCAGCCUCCACUCUUCGUUGCCGGCUCUUUCUCCAACCCACAAUGGGUGCCUCAGGAGAUGGAUUAUACCACCGAUGAGGAUGGAAAAAUUACCUUCUCCAAGAAGUUCGACGUCGAGCCCGACUCAAAGAUUCAAUACAAGUUCCGUGUCGGCCCUGGGGACUGGUGGGUUCUUGAUGAGAGCGCACCUACUGUGACCGACGAUGCGGGCAACAGAAACAACUUCAUCGAAGCUCCGUCUGCGGAAGAGACUAAGUUGGAGGAGCCAGUUCAAGCUACGGAGAAAACCGAAGAGUCCGGUGCCAACCAUAUCCAACAUCCGCAGCCUGUUGCAAGACUCGAGGCUCUCAAGGAGGCCGAGAAGGUCGAUCGAUCGGGAACUAGCACUCCCGAGUAUGCGAGAACUGCCGCAGAAGUAGCGGAGUCAGCUGCCUUGGUCGACCCGCCCACACCGGAGCCCGAAGCCAUAGAUGCGACUGCCCCUGCUGCGGCUCAAGAGGCUGCUAAUACGGCCGCCGAGGUCGCUGACACCGCCAAAGAUCUCGAUAAUGACUUGGCCGAAGAGCACACCGAGACAGCCAUACCCGCACACGAGACAAUUGCGGACGUCAAAGAGGACCUUCGGAACGAGAACCUUGAUGUCGCUGGGUAUAGUAACGAGCCGGAGCACGAGCCGGAGCCAGCGCCCUUAUUUGCCCACGAGUGUGCGGGUCUUUAUGAAGAAGAUGAGAUCCCUGGAGUACCAGACGACGACGGACGAGCCGAGAUUGUGAAUGGAAACAUCCGUGGCCAAGACAAGGAUGACUUUGAAGAUCCGACACUCGAGCAGUUCCCUUCGUCAAGAAGCGAGAUAAUGGCUGCUGUCAGAAAGGUGGAAACCGGCCUCAACGCGAAUGAAACGUUGAACGCGGGCGUUCCGCCAUCUCCUGUCUUCCGAUCAAAGAGUGCAAGCACGGGCGAUGGAGAACACCACUCUCCAGAAUCGAGUCCAGUGUCCUCUAAGGGAUCACAGCACUUGUCUCUGCCGUUGUCACAACCCCAAGAGGCUAAGAGCGAGCGUUCUCUCUCGGUUGUGUCUCUCGGUUCUAUAGCUGAAGAUGAUGAGGCCGAGGCUACAACAGCCGAAGAAAUCGCGCCGAUCGUCGAGCAAACCCAAACUGCCGAUGAGGCUACAACAGCCGAAGAAAUCGCGCCGAUCGUCGAGCAAGCCCAAACUGCCGAUGAGGCCAUCAAGGUGGCGAGAAACGCCGAGGGUGAUGUUCCUCUGGAAGUUCCUACCUCACGGCCGGUGGUGACGGUUCCAAGUCCAUCGGCCAAAGCCAGCAAUGAGCUCAUCUCUCCAGUUAGUGUCGAGGAUGAGGCUGUCGUGAUGAGAGAUGAUAAGGAAAAGGAUAAGAGCAUGGAAAAUGGACAGUCCGGUUAUUUGACGCCGGAGAGAGCGGCGACCCCGAAGCUCCAGGAGCCGGGAAGUCCGAAUGAACCUGCUCCAAACACCGCCAUACCGGUUGAAGACUCAGCUCCAGUGGCGGAGCCGGAGCCGACUUUGCCCGUACCACCAAGCCCGAAGAUCGUUGUGUCCAAAGCUGAGGACAUAGCGCCUCAAGAAGAGCUUGAUCAAGGUCCGUCAUCUACUGAAAAUGGGCACAAGGAUAUUGAACCAGUGCCAUCAUCCACCGAGAGCGGCCAUGAGGAUGUUGAGACAGCCCCGUCGUCCACCGAGAAUGGGCACAAAGACAUUGAGACAGCCGCGUCAUCCACUGAGAACGGGCACAAAGAUAUUGAGACUCCCGCUCCAAGCGACAGUCAGGAUGAGACUGGUUCUCGAAGCGAGCCGGCUGCCACAUCUUCUGCGAUUGAGGGUAACCAGCCUUCCUCGUUGAAGAAGCGAUCUGCCCAUCAGUCCCCCUCCAGAGAUAGGUCCGGCACGCCAGCUCCUAUCCCGGACAAUGAAUGGGAGGCGGCCAAGAAUGGGAACUGGUUCUCGGCCUUUUUCAGGCUGAUCUUUGUCGAUUGGGUUGGUGGUUUCGUCAGUAGGCUGUGUGGAGGCAGGCGCAAGACUACGUAA